AUGGCGCCGCCAUGUUUCUCGAAGAAGCCGCCGUCGGGGAGCGCCGGGGACCCAGCGGAGCCUUGCGGAGGCGCCUCCUCUACUCUCUCUCCAAUCCCGCCGAUGCUCUCUUCAGCUCCUCAUCCUCUUCUCCCCCCAGAUGGAUGGAAUGCUUCUUCAUUAUCCGAAAGAAACAGCCCACCCUGCCGACCGGAUGUUAAUUCCUAUGGUGGCAAAGAAGCCAGAUAUCCGGGCCCAGACCUUCCAGAGGACAUUUGGUGUCGUAUACACUUCCUACUACCAAUGCAAGAUGCUGCCCGUGCCGCCUGUGUUUCUCGCUCCUUCCUACACUCCUGGAGAUGCCACCCCAAUCUCACCUUCACCAACGAAACGAUGUGCCCCAAAGAAGAUUUAAAAGCAGCGGGAUCGAACGCUAUUAUAAGAGACUACAACAACAAAAUUGACUGUGUUCUGAGGAACCGCUUGUGUACUGAUGCCGUGACGAAACUCAAGCUUGACUACCACGUUCCUCCUGAUGGUGCUGAAUCGUAUCAUCGUCUUGAUAGCUGGCUCCAGAUGGCUGUUACGCCCAGGACCAAAGAACUCGAGCUUCUAGUAUGGUCGAAAGAGGCGAGCUUUGAUUUCCCAUGCACACUACUAUCUGACAGGUGUGGGGGCUCGAUUCAGAAGCUUCUCCUUUUCAGAUGUGCCUUACGUCCCACAUUUCAACUUGGUUUGAGAAGCCUGAAAACUCUGCAUCUGCGCGAUGUGCGUGUUACGGGGGAGGAGUUAGGGUGCCUUCUGUCCAGUUCCACUGCUUUGGAACACCUGAAGCUCGUAUAUUGUGAUGAUAUAGUUCGCCUGGAGAUACCUUGCCUGCUGCAGAGGCUCAGCUUCCUGGAGGUGUCUGGAUGCACGAAUCUUCAAGUGAUAGAGAACAAAGCUCCAAAUCUCUCCAGAUUUUACCUUGAAGCAGGUGAACUGGUGCAAGUCUCGUUUGGAGAGUCGAAAGUGAAGGACGUGCAGUUGAGGCAGGGUUAUGCCAUCAAUUAUGCUAUUGAGAACCUUCCUUCACGUGUGCCGAAUCUUGAGACACUUAACAUACAAUCUUCUCAUGAGAUAGUCAAUUCCUCACUGGCAUCUAGCAAGUUCCUCCACCUCAAGUUCUUGAGUAUUUUUCUUAUUAGUGGAUCAUAUUUUCUCCAGGACUACGAUUUUUUGUCGUUGGUUCAUUUUUUUGAUGCUUCUCCUUCCCUCGAGACGUUUCGCUUGUAUGUAAUCGAGCAUUCCAUGGAUGACUGGUUUGAGGGAGAUCCCUCGUCUCUGAGGCGAAUGCCACAACACUGCCAUGGGAGCCUCAAGAGUGUGAAGAUCAUUGGUUUCUUCCCCCAAAAGAGCAUGGUUGAGCUAACAUGUCAUCUUCUCGAGAAUGCAAUGUCACUUGAGUCCCUUACAGUGGAUGCUAGUCCAGCUAAUUACAGGUGUUCUGGCAGUAAACCGGGCAGAAAAUGCAGUCCCCUGACAACUACAGCUAUAGUGAAGGCACAUAAAUCAGUCUUGGCUGUGAAAAAAUACAUUGAGGGGAAUGUUCCCUCUACAGUCAAGUUAAAUGUUCCGGAGCCUUGCGGACGAUGCCAUCGUUUGAACGAAUCAGGUGUCAAACCAUUCUAUCUGAUGUUUAAUGAUUAG